UUCACACCCCAACUCCUCCCUACUUUGUAUUUAAUUUUGCUACAUAUUUUGAUUUAUUUCCAUCUCAUAUUAAAUUUCUUAAUAUAUAGUACCUAGAUUAAAUUUAAGCAUUUGAUAUAUAUCUUUCUAUGAUGAAAGUUGGAUUUGGUGAAGUACUUCAUGCAAAUUCAAACAUGAUUCAUCCUCACAUGCAUGAAACUUGGGAUUACACAAUCAUUACAAAUGACUUAUUUCCACCGCCAAUCCAAACAAAUCCUUAUCCAAAGUCAUUAACGGAAAACCACUCCCUAAACUUAGAACAAAAUGAGGUAUGUGAUUGGAUGGAACACAUUACUAAUAAGCACUUUAUUGAAGACUUACCACAAAACAACAAUCAUAUUUAUAAUCUUCACAUUCAAACAAACACAUUAGAUUUAGUUCACAAUAACCAUAAUGAUCAUAUUCAUCAUUAUGAAUGUGAUAAAGAGUUGAAUUUGAUAACCCUUUUGAUGGAAUGUGCAGUAGCAAUCUCUGUUGAAAAUCUUAGUGAAGCUCACAAAAUGUUACUAGAGUUAACACAAGUUGCUUCACCCUACAAAACAUCAUGUGGUGAACGAGUUGUUGCUUAUUUUGCAAAAGCAAUGAUAAGUAGGGUGAUGAAUUCAUGGAUUGGAGUAUGUUCCCCUUUGAUUGAUCACAAAACAAUUCACUCAUCAUUCCAAGUUUUCAACAAUGUUUCACCUUUCAUCAAAUUUGCACACUUCACUUCAAACCAAGCGAUACUCGAAGCAGUUAACCGUUGCAACAACAUUCACAUAAUUGAUUUGGACAUCAUGCAAGGUCUUCAAUGGCCAGCUUUUUUCCAUAUACUCGCGACUCGAAUCGAGGGUCGGCCCUCAAUUCGAAUGACGGGUCUGGGUGCAUCAAUGGAACUUUUAGUCGAGACAGGAAAACAACUCUCCAAUUUCGCAAGAAGACUUGGUUUGUGCUUAGAAUUUUAUCCUAUUGCGAGAAAAUUUGGUGAAAUUGUUGAUUUUUCGACUUUGCAAAUUAGGCCUAAUGAAACACUAGCUGUGCAUUGGUUACAACAUUCUUUAUAUGAUGCAAUUGGACCUGAUUGGAAAAGUUUGAAACUUCUUGAGGAAUUGGAACCAAAAAUCAUAACUUUAGUAGAACAAGAUGUUAACAUUGGAGGGUCAUUCUUAGACCGUUUUGUUGGUUCAUUGCAUUACUACUCUACACUUUUUGAUUCUCUUGGAGCUUAUUUGCAUAGUGAUGAUACAAAUAGGAACAAUAUUGAACAUGGUAUUCUAUCUAAAGAGAUCAAUAAUAUUUUGGCUAUAGGUGGACCUAAGAGGAGUGGUGAAGAAAAGUUUAGGCUUUGGAGAAAUGAACUUGCAAGAAAUAUUUUUGAGCAAGUUCCAAUGAGUGAUAAUUCAAUGGCACAAGCACAAUUGAUAUUGAACAUGUUCUCACCAGGUCAUGGUUAUAGUGUUGCUCAAGUUGAUGGUACAUUAAGGCUUGGUUGGAAAGAUACCAGUUUGUAUACAGCUUCUGCUUGGACUUCUAGAAGUUCUAGGUAGCUAUGUUUAAGGUUCCAUGUUUGUAUCAAGUAAUCAACUACUUAUUAUUAGCUAUAAAUUAUUAUUGCUUGUUAUUAUCAAGUAAUCAACUACUUAUUAGCUAGGUUGAGAAUUAAGUUGUAAAUUUAGAAAAUUGAUUUAUAUAAACAUUGAUAUAUAAUUUCAACUUCAA